AUGAAAGGGAGGGACCUGCAGCUGCAGCUGCCGAUCAUGAAGGGCAUCUGCAUACAGCACGAUUUUUGUGUUGAGUUGCCGCAGCCACGCUGUCCUCCUUCUCCUGCUUUUGCUGUCGAGGGCCCCUCAGCAGCAGCAACAGCAGCAACAACGAGCAGCAGCGGUACCCUCAGCUGCGACAGCAGCCGCAGCAGCAGCUGCAGCAGCAGCAGCAGCAGCUGCAGCGCUUGCCCGCUGCAGCAGCCUCAUGCCUUUGACUGGGUGCCUGGUGUGGCUAUACUAAGCGACGCAGGGCUAGAGGUGGGGGGGGUUAUUGUCUCUUUAUUAGAUAUUGUCUCUGUUUACUUCGCUACAAACCUCUGCACAAACCAGCAAAAAGAGCUCAGAGAAAGUCCUCCUUGCGGCUCCCGCAGCCAGUCGCUGCACACUGACAAUGGAGAGGAAGGCAGUCAACCAGCAGCAGCAGCAGCAGCAGCAGCAGCAGCUGCAGAAGCAACAGCAGCAGCAGCUGCCGCUCCUGCUCUUGAAGACCAACCUUCAGGAAUGGAGCCUGCAGAGGAGAAGGAAAACCUGCUGUGGGGGACGCAGCAAAAACAGCAGCAGCAGCAGCAGCAGCAGCACUGUGUAUUGGUUGUGCUGCUGCGCUCGCCGCUGCCCACAGCAGCAGCAGAUCCUCCACUGUACCCGCCGCCUGCUGAUGCUUCGUCAGAAGCAGGAAGCUGUUUGAUUAUGCGCGCUCCUGCUGGAGCAGCAGAAGCAGCAGCAGCAGCAGCAGAUGCUGCUGCUGCCUCGGAGUGUGUCUCCCCUCAGCAGCGCAGCGACAACAGCGACGGCGGGGCAGCAGCAGCAGCUGCUGCUGCUGUGUCUCUGCUGCAGCGGCUGCAGCAAUUCAUAACGCGCGUGCGCCCCACAUUCUGCUCUCUGCGGAAGCGCGCAGCUGUGACAGAGGAGAUUCGCCUUCGUUUCAAGCAGCAGCAGCAGCAGCAGCAGCAGCAGCACAUGGUGCUGGCAGCAGCAGCAGCAGAAGUGGAGCGACUGAAGGCAGCAAAACAGCUGCAUCUGCUGCUUGGGGGCUUCUUGCUGCGCGACUGUGCAGCACUAGAAGAAGCUGUAGCCUAUGCCCCGCUUGCGGUGUAUCUGCACCUAGAGGCGGCUACGGCGCUGCUGCCGCAGCUGCCAGCAGACCCUACACUUUAUCCUACAUGGAAGAAGGUCAUGCUGCAGCAGCGCCAGCAGCAACAACAGCAGCAUCAGCUGCAGCUGCAGCAGCAGCAGCAGCAUGCUGCGCGCUCCUCCUUCUAUGGGGUCACAGCUGGGAAGAGUCCUGGGGGCAGCGGGUGUAGCAGCGCUGCAGCACGAGCAGCAACAGCAACAGCAGCAGCAGCCGGAGGCGCAGCAGGGGCAGCAGCCCGAGCAGGAUUUGCAGGGCCGGGAUGCGGAACAGGCGUUGCCCCAGCAGCAGCAGCAGCAGCAGCUGCUGCUGCUGCUGCUGGAGGCGGUGCCGCUGCUGCUGGCGUGCCGUUUCGCAUAGAAGGAGGCGGCUGCAGGCUAGCAAAGAGCAGCAGCAGCUGCUGCGAAGAUGCAUUUUUUUUGUUAGAGGAGGAGGGAUGCUUUGGGGUGUUUGAUGGUGUGGGGAGUUGGGCAGUUGAAGGGAUCGACGCCUCCCGAUUUUCUGAGGGUCUUGCUGCAGCAGCAGCAGCAGAAGCAGCAGCAAACCUGCAUCCGCAGCGUAUGUCUCCUCAGUAUCGCUGCCUAGAUGCUAAUUCACGUGCGCGUUUGCUGCUGCAGCGCGCUCAUGAAGCUGUCUGCAGCAGCAGCGAGAACCGCUGGGGCAGCAGCACUGCAGCGGUGGGCUGUAUAGACAGAAAGACGGGUAGAUUUGGUGUUGUUUGUUUAGGCGACUCUGUAUUGAUGGUGUUGCGCAGACAGCUGCUGCCGAGCAGCAUGUCUUUUUAUGCUGCUGCAGCACCAAGCGUCAAGCCAGAGGCGUUGUUGCUCUCGGGUAACAACAACAACAGCAGCAGCAGCAGCAACAUCAGCCUCAACAGCAGCAGCAGCAGCAGCAGCAGCAGCAAUCGGUUUCCCCGUCUGCUGCGGCGCUGCUGCUGGCGCACACAGGAACAGCGGUGGGAGAACGGAGCCCCGUAUCAACUAUGUAAUCUACCCGAUCGCAGCAGCUGGGGUUUGCUGAAGCAGCAGGGUUUUGCUCGUUUUGUUGCAGUGCUGCAGCGUGUAGACCCUCAGGGAGAUUCAGCAGAUAUGGGUUAUGCACCUCCUCAGCCGUUGCUGCUGCAGCCAGGAGACCUUAUUCUUGUCUUUAGUGAUGGAGUCAGUGAUAAUCUGUUCGAUAGAGAAAUAGAGAUGUUCUGCUCCCUAGCUCUGUCUCCUGAUGAGGCCUACUUGCUGCAGCAGCAGCAGCAGCAGCAGCAACAGCAGCAGCAGCAGCAGCAGAAACAGCAGCAGCAAGGCAAGCAGCAACACGAUCUGCAACAGAAACAGGACAUGCAGCAGCAGCAGCAAGAGUUGCAACAGCAACAGCAGCAACAGCAACAGCAACAGCAGCAGCAGCAGCAGCAGCAGCCUAUUCGGUUUACACCUGCGCAGGACAUCGCAGAGUUAAUAGUAAAGAUCGCUAAGAAGAGAUCUCAAGACGGACCGUUGCUGCUGCAGCCAGGAGACCUUAUUCUUGUCUUUAGUGAUGGAGUCAGUGAUAAUCUGUUCGAUAGAGAAAUAGAGAUGUUCUGCUCCCUAGCUCUGUCUCCUGAUGAGGCCUACUUGCUGCAGCAGCAGCAGCAGCAGCAGCAACAGCAGCAGCAGCAGCAGCAGAAACAGCAGCAGCAAGGCAAGCAGCAACACGAUCUGCAACAGAAACAGGACAUGCAGCAGCAGCAGCAAGAGUUGCAACAGCAACAGCAGCAACAGCAACAGCAACAGCAGCAGCAGCAGCAGCAGCAGCCUAUUCGGUUUACACCUGCGCAGGACAUCGCAGAGUUAAUAGUAAAGAUCGCUAAGAAGAGAUCUCAAGACGGAUUGUUUGAACGCCCGUUUGUUGCUGCUGCUGAUGGGACGAAGUCGCCGUCUCUGCCUGCAGCAGCAGCAGCAGAAGGAUGCAGAGGAGGAAAGCGAGAUGAUAUAAGCUGCGUGGCUCUCUGGGUUACUGCUGUUGAUGCUGCUGCUACUGCUGCUGCUGCUGCUGCUCCUGUUGCUGGUGCUGCUGCUGCGGAAGCGCCCGUAGCAGCUGCAUCAGGGGGAGAUGCUGCGCUGGGAGACAUCCGCACGGCAUCUGCUGCUGCACCUCCUGCUGCAGCAGCUGCUGCAUCUGCUGCUGCUGCAUCUCCUGCUGCAGCAGUAACGGUCUUCAAACCUGAAGCAGCGCCUUCACCUGCAGCAGCCGUAUCAGCUGAGUCGGCAGGAGCAGCGACAGUUCCGGCGCCUCCAGCAGCAUCUCCGGCUGCAGCACCUGCAGCAGCAGCAAAUGCUGCAGCAGCAGCGAAUCCUGCUGCAGCAGUUUCUGCCUGUGCGUCUGUACCCGGUAGAGGCGUGCGCUCUGGAGGUGGCGUUCAAAUUCCCCAUCCUGCAGCAACAGCCGCUUAUCAGCAGCAGCAGCAGCAGCAGCCUCUCCCCGCCUUUCACCUGCUGCAACAGCAGCAGCAGCAGCAGCAGCAUCACCACCAGCAGCAGCAUCACCAGCAGCAGCAGCAUCGCCAGCAGCAGCAGCAGGAUUUCCCCGAAAGCCGAGUUUCGCCGUGGGUUCAAGUGAGGGCAGCGGCAUCAGCGGGAGCAGGAGCAGCAGCAACAGCAGCAGCAACAGCAACAGCAGCAGGGGAGAAGCUAGGGGCUGUAGGCUCGCCUACUAGAGGAGGGGGGCCCCUCGAUCUGAGGCAGAGGAGCCCCCGCAUCAGCAAGCGCGUCGCUUCCCCGGGUCGGCUGAUCUCCAACACUCCAAAGAAGCCUCUCAAGACAAACACAGGCAGCAGCAGCAGCAGCAGCAGCAACAGCAGCAGCAGCAGCAGCAGCAGCAGGAGCGAGUUGACAGAAAAGCACAUUGGAACUCCAACACGAAAUUCCCCUGCUGCUUCUGCUGCUGCUGCUGCUGUUGUUGCUGCUUCGCCAGGUCGGCCGCUGGGGAGCACCAGACUGGCAGGAGCAGCAGCAGCAGCAACAGCAGCAGCAGCAACACGGCUACACCCUAGAGGCACCCUUGCAGCAGCAAAAACCCCAGAGAAAAAAAGCACUGCAUGGGCGCCUACGUCAACAGAACCAACAGGCAUCUGCAGCAGCAGCAGCAACAACAGCAGCAGCAGCAACAGCAACAGCGGCAGCAGCAACGCUGUGACGCCCGCACAUUUGCAAGGUGCAGAACUGCAAGCAAGUAGUUGUGGUGGGCUCCCCUCAGCCCCUUCUGAAGUGCAGCAGCAGCAGCAGCAGCAAGAUGAGGAGGCGCAGCAGCAGGACGAGCAGCAGCAGCAGCAGCAGCAGCAGCAAGAUCAGCAGCAGCAGCAGGAUUUGACAUCUUCGCCUUCCUUGGGCGGCAAGCGGCGAUCUCCUCGAGUGAAUGGGAGAGGGACCCCUCAGAUGCCUCGUGCUGCUGUUGCGUCUGCUACUGCUGCUCCUGCUGCUGCUGCUGCUGCUGCUGCUUCUCCUUCCGCUAAGGCACCCAAGCGCAGCAGAGGAGCUCAGCAGCAGCCAAAGGCAAAGAGGCGCUCUUCAGGUGCCUGCUAG